GGUCAUCCCUGUCCUGCUUUCUCUGACCGCUUCUCCUGCCAAAGACUUGUCCCUGUGUCUCAGCGCUCUCAUCUGCACUUCCAAAAUCGAUCUUGCUCCCAACAGUGGUCAUAAUGUCGGGCUCGCCAUCCAUAUCUCCAUCUCCAUCUCCAUCUCCAUCUCCAUCCAUAUCUCCAUCUCCAUCUCCAUCCAUAUCUCCAUCCAUAUCUCCAUCUCCGUCUGCAUCUCCGUCGUCAGAGUCGAGGCCCUUGUAUCCCAGCACCUCUCCUCCGAUUCCCUUGCUCCACACCCUUCCCCGACAGUAUGCCUCCCUGCUGCCCUCCCUUGAUUCGUCCGACUCCUCCGCUCACACAGCGGAAAUUCCAAUGAUCGAAGUCCCCAAUGCCUCACCUUCAUUUCCUGCCGAAUGUCCCAUUUGUCUUCAUCCGGUUGACAAUUUGGCCUUUGUCGAUCCCUGCUUUCAUUCAUUCUGCUAUUUCUGCAUCGUCACUUGGGCCCGACGAACGCCGCGCUGUUGCCCCCUCUGCAAGCAGAGUAUUGUGGCUAUUCUCUACAACAUCCAGUCCUCUAGUUCCUAUCUUCGGCAAGUCUUUCCGGAUCUGGAACGUCCACGCAUUCGAUCUUCUCCUUAUCGGCCACGACGUCCUCCUAUUGGCCGUUCGCAUGCAUUCCCUCCGACCCUCAUCAAUGGCCAGUCGUCCAUCAACGACCCGUCAUGCUAUCGACGACGCAUAUAUGACGAUAAAGAGAUGGCUCCACCCGACAUCAUAUCCGCGACGGGUCGCAAGCUUCGCGACUCGACCCCCAAGGCUUUGGAGAAGUCGCCUCCGCUCCUUGCCCGACUCAGACCGUGGAUUCGGCGGGACUUGAAGAUUCUCCUCGAAUCGGAAAGCGUCGAUUUUGUUACCGAGCUUGUGCUUGGAAUAAUCAAAGCGCAUUCCAUCGAAUCAUCUGCAUCGCUCGACGCCCUUCGUCCCUUUCUCCAUGAUGCCGCUCCAAUCUUUAUGCGCGAGCUCCAGCUCUUCGCGAGCUCACCCUUUGACAUGAAGGCUCACGACGAUUUGCGCAAAGCGAUUCGACAAGCCAGUUGCUCCUCAGACCAGUCUUCCCGUCUCGAGAGCCUUGGUGUCCCGUCGAGUUCUCCGAGUUGACCAGCGAAGGCCACAGCCAUCGUCGUCCAUAGAUCCUUGGGGCCCUUGCCUCCAAUGACUCCGGCUCUCAUCUCCAGAUCACCAACUUGCACCCGCCGCCUUGUCACACGUAGAUUUUUUUUUUCUGGCUGCCCCAACCCGCCUCUGUCCUGGCGGUUUUCGCCCUCAUCGCGCUGCUAUAUCAGGCCGUCUUCGUCGUUGCCCCCCCUCGAGUCUGCGUCGCUCGCUGCUUGUAACCGGCUUCGUAAAAUAUCUCACAUGGAAGCUUACCUCGUCGAUGCCCAGGAGUGGGCCCAUCAAUCUGUCCGCUACUUGACCAGCAAGGCUCCCGUUGAUCUCUUCA